AUGUCCGAGGACAGUCAGUCCACAGAGUCUAUGCCCUCGUCGGCUGAACAGUCCGACUCUGCUGGUCCUGGCCCGGCAAACAUCAACAAUAACAACAAUAAUGAUUCAUCAUCACCGGCGCGAAGCAAAUCUCGCAAUGCCGCCCCAGCCACCAAAACUGCAACAAUCACCGACAAGCCUGAGAAGCCCGAGGACGCCAAGACCGCCAAUGCAAUAGCCAAUAAUACCAACGCCAACGGUGCUGUUGCUCAGUCGCAACCCAUGACUGUUUCUAAUUCUGCUUCAUCUGUAAUGACCUCAAUUACUGACGCCGCCAGCAAUGCGGCAGUUCCUUAUAGCACUCGCUCGCGUGGCCGUCGAGAUGGCGCGCCACGUCCGAACUAUGCCGAGGAUGUUGAAAUGGAUUUUGAAUUAACAAGUCCUGCUCCCAACGCUAAAUCGGCUGCAAACUCUACUAAACGCACUACUGCGACCUCCAGUGUCAAUGGCUCUCCGUCAGCAGCUGCAGACAGCGAAAAAGGCCCAUCCGCCAGUACCCGAAAAAGUCAGUCGACAGCUGCUAAUGCCACUACCAACGGCACUCAGGCCAAUGCUGCCGCUAAGGAGCCUAUUCCCGGCACCUCGACUUUUUCCGCCAAUGCCACAAACAGUAAUACUCCUUCAUCAGCCUCAUCAGCAUCGCGCAAGCGAAAGCAACCGCCCAGUGGUGCUACUGGCGCUAACCCCAAUGGCUCUGCUAAACGAACUCUUACUUCAACUUCUGGAUACAAGCACGACAUUCGACUGUCGAGCAUGAUGACCUUUGAGAAUUCUGGUGCGCGCUUGAGGAAUGGUAAACUCAAGGCCGAUGAUGGCACCACCCUCGAAGUGAAUGACCAUGUGUACUUGAUUUGCGAGCCUCCUGGUGAACCAUACUACUUGGGUCGCAUCAUGGAAUUUCUACCGUCAAAAGGAAACCCAACUGGCCCCGUCGAGAUGGUGAGAGUCAAUUGGUACUACCGACCCAAAGACAUCCAACGAAGAGUCCCAGAUCCUCGUUUAGUCUUUGCUUCAAUGCACUCCGACCCUUGCCCGCUUUCCUCUCUUCGAGGCAAGUGUACUAUCAAACACGUAUCCGAAAUUGAGAAUCUGGAUGAGUAUCGCAAGCUCAGAGACUGUUUUUGGUACGACAAGAUGUUUGAUCGGUACAUGCUUCGUUAUUAUGAAGUCGUGCCCACGAAGGAGGUGAUCAACGUACCCAGUCACGUCAAGCGAGUUCUUGACGAGCGGUGGAGAUUUGUGCUGUGUGAACCAGCCAGGAAGAAGGAGCUUACAGGUGCCGUUAAGACCUGUGUUAAAUGUGCAUUGUACGCUGCUAGCGUUGACUCUGUUGAUUGCGCCGUGUGCCACAACACGUACCAUAUGAACUGUGUGAGGCCGAAAUUGACAAAAAAGCCAGCUCGUGGAUUUGCAUGGGCUUGUGCUUUGUGUAGUCGCGCACAAGAGCGCAAAUUGGAAGCUCGCAAUACUCCCCUGAUCGGUGAGACUUUACCCGACAUCGAAGAGGAUCUACCAGAAGAAGAGGAAGAAGAACAGAACAACAAUGCCGCCGUUGGAACCGAACGAAGCAGCCCCGUAGUAGAUGAUGACAAGAAGCCUGCUCCCGCGACAGCAGCUCAAAUCGCGCAAGCGAAAAUGUGGCCGUAUCGGUAUUACGGCAUCCACUGUCAAUUGGAGGAUGCUCUUGACUACGACGACCGCAUUUAUCCUCGAGCAAGCUCUCGGAUUGGUACUCGACAUCAAGCUAUUGUCAGCCCGUGGUACGGAAAGCCCGUCGAGUAUAUCAAGCCUGUUGAUCUCAAGAGGAAAGCCAAAUCGAGCAAGAGUGGAAGCAGCAAAUUGUCUAAGGCCGCUCUAGCAACUAUCGAGGCUGAGAAGCAGGAGAGAUUAAAACGUCCUUGGGUCAUGGAUGAGCCUCCAGGCUUCGUUCGCCGAGGCGAGGAUGAACCUGUCAUGGUCAACGGCAAAGAAGUUCGCACAGCAGAGCUACUCUUCAAGUUGCCGGAGCCCAAUCAGAUACCAUCUGGCAGAGGAGAAGACGAUCAUCCAGCACCCGAAAUGAGCGAAGCCGAUUGCGAGAAAUUCAUCGACGAUUACAUGGCCAAAGCUAAAGACGUGGCGACAGAAAGAGGUCUACCAAGGUACCACACAAACUUUUUGGACAAAGCUCUUGAGUAUAUUUAUGCCGAAAAGUUCAAUGUUGAAACUGCACUGAAGCGUCUGAGAAAGGCAGAUCUUUACAAGGAUUUGAAAGAGCCAAAGCUUAGCAAAGAACAAAAGGCUCUGUUCGCCGAGGGUGUUUCGAAAUACGGGUCUGAAUGGAUCAAUAUCCGCCGACACAUUGGAAAUAUUGAGCACCGACACGUCGUUCGUUACUAUUACAUGUGGAAGAAAACACCAGAAGGACGGCGAGUGUGGAAUGCCUACGAAGGACGUCAUGGAAAGAAGGAGGCUAAACGUGCAGACUCUACAUCCAAGCUACUGGACGAUAUUGCCGACGAAGCGGAUGACUCGGCAUUCGAUAAUGAGAAGGCCAGCGACAAGAAACGCGGUUUCCAGUGCAAGUUCUGUUUGACUCGUACUUCGCCGCAAUGGCGCCGGGCUCCGCUUACACUCCCUGGCGCUACAGUACCAGCGGAGCCAUCCUCAAAGAAGGCAGACAAAGGUGGCCAGCUCGCUGUAGCAUUGUGUCAUCGAUGUGCGCUUUUGUGGAGAAAAUACGCAAUCGAAUACAAAGAUGCCGACGAAUUGGCGAAAAAGCUUCAAGCUAGUGGAAACAAAGCUUGGCGUCGCAAGUUGGACGAUGAGUUGUGCGCUCAAGCCUUGGUUCAGCAGGAGACACCACAGAUUACAACUACACCUUCCACCGGGACUAGCAUCAAUGCUCCCUCCACCACCGAGACUGCGCCUGAACCAGCCAAGAAAAAGCGACCACUGGAGAAGGAUAGUGCCAGCGCGUCAGCUAGAAACUCUGUCGAGCCACCUCCAAAGAAGAAAGCUGUUGAAAAACCAGUGGAGCCUCCACCAAUUGUCCCAGAUCCGCCUCGUGCAAAGGUAUUGCCCUGUGCUGUUUGCAGAAAACCCGAUCCUACAGGAGAAACCAGUGUUACGUGCAGAGACUGCCGGCUUACUGUCCACCAGGGCUGCUAUGGAGUGGGGCCGGAUAGUUGCCAUGCCAAAUGGCUUUGCGAUAUGUGUUCGAACGACCGCAAUCCAAUGGUUUCAACUCUAUAUGAAUGCGUCAUGUGCCCUGUUACUUUGACAGAGCAAGAGCUGAUGGAAGCUCCCAAGUCUUCGAGCCAUAAGAAGAAAACCGAACGUGACCGGGAGAAGGAAAGGAUGGAGAAGGAAAUGGUAGUCGAAGCUAUCAAACUCUACCAGCAGCGACAAGAGGCUGUCGGCAAACCUAUCCAUCCGCGGGAGCCUUUGAAACGGACUGUGGGCAACAACUGGGUUCACGUCAAUUGUGCAAUUUGGCAUCCAGAAAUCAAGUUCGGAAAAGCCGAGGAACUGGAACCCGCAGAAGGAUUUGGACUUAUUCCACGAGAACGCUACCGAGAGACGUGCAAGGUCUGCAAGACGACCGCUGGAGCAUGCCUUUCGUGCCAUUACCCGAACUGUAAUGUCAAGGUCCAUGUUGGAUGUGCGCUCCAGGCAGGCUAUACCUUUGGGUUUGACGUGACACCCGUCAAAGGGUCGCGUAGAGACUCGACAAUCACUAUGAAGAUGGGUGGAGAGAAUGGUUCUGUUUCACCAAGCAUCUGGUGUCCCAAUCAUGCUGUCCAGUCCAUCGUUCAUGAUAUGAGCGAGCCUACUGAUCAGAACAAUUUGACUGCUUUGGAGCUCUAUGUGCGGACAUAUAAACAAGCAGAUCUCAGCAUGACCGGAACGGUGCGCAAGGCAGCACAUGUUCAGCAACAACAACAACAUGCUCAAUCUAUAUUCCAGAGCAAUGGUCACGGCACUCGACGAGCAUCUCUCAUUAAUAAUGCUGGCUCAGCAAGUGCGAGCGAAAGAAGGAAUUCUUCAUCCACCAUUCAAGAUCCAACUGAAGGACCUACACAUGCCGAGCCUCCACGUCUACAGUCGGAACACAAAAUAUGCAUAUAUUGCAGGACGUCUUGCAGUCCCCGGUGGUGGUCCGUCCAACAUUAUCCUCCUACGAGCAGCAUGGUUAGCAACGGCAUGAAUCAUUUGAUGAACGGCGCAUCGCCCAUGCACUCACGAACUAUCUCGCAGGCAUCAAACUCAUAUGGGAAUGGGCAAAGCGAGCAAGCGUACGAAUGCCACAAAUGUCACAUCAAAAAGCCCGCGGCACCAUUACAGCCUUCUCCUGAAACGCUCCCUGCUGGACCUUUCGCAUCGCAGACUCCGCGAGGUAGUCUUUUACCUGCACCACGACAGCCGGAAUACACUCCAUACGCACCUCAUGGCAAUCCUGGAUCAUUACAAAAUGUUUUGACAAGCCGUCCACAUGGACCUCCUCCUCCACCGGGUCCAGUUCCGUCCGGGCCUGAAUGGUACAGCAGUUACGACAAGCGCCUGGGUACUCAUGGAGGACCUCAAACUAAUGGAUACGGACAUGGUCAACCUUCUCCAUUCCCUAGUGGUCCUUUACCCCAUUUGAAUGGAUAUGCCAGCGGGCCAGCUCCAGCCCCUACAGCUACUUCUUUACCUGGACCUCCACCUUCAUCUACACCAUCGCAUGGUCAUCCUCCUCCCAGUUCUGGUCCUGGUCCAAGCCCCCAUAUGCCUCCAGUGAGUACUCACCACCAUCAGACGCCAGGGCAUUAUCCAGGACCAAUGUCUUCCAAUUUACCCCCUCCACCACCACCACCAUCGCAUUCUUAUGUGGGUUCUGGACUGGGUGUGCCGUCGAUGCUCUCACCGCGUGCACCACCAGCCCGACCGUUUGGCACGUCCAUGUCACCUCCUGAUUUGCACGCGAGUUUGCAUCGGUCGCCACCAACACAUGGACUUCCUACUGCGCGGCCGCGGUUGUACUCAAUUGAUCGUUUCGGGCCGGGCCCUCCGUUAGCCAAAUCUCAUACAGAUACACAAUUACCAGGUAUUCUCGAUGAACAUGCAUCACAACCACCUAGCAGUGGACGAUACUCUGGGCCUGGGCCUAGCGGUGCAAGUGGUACGAGUGGCACAAAUGGCAGCAGUGGAGCUAGUGCGAGUCCAUCUCUGAAGAACUUGCUUUCCUGA